AUGGAAUCUCCUAUCAACAAAUCUGCUCCUCCUUUGCUUUUUGAUCAGGAGUAUGUCGGCUUCUGGGUUUCUUCCUUCAGCCAAAAUCACAGGGCUCAUGUGGCUUCAGUUAGGAGUUUCUUUGUCAUCGGUCAAAAUUUCGGCCAAAUCUGCAGCGGCAAGAGUGUCUUUUGUCAUGGUUGCUGUCGCUUCUCAGAGACCCCUUAUCCGGAUAACAUGGAGCUGGUUUUCAUAUAUUCUGCAUUUGUAAAAGGAGAUCAACAUACUUCGAUAUUGAGUCGCCGGGUGGCUUGGAUGGAGUAA